CAGAAUGAAAGAGGAAUUAUCAACAGAAAGAACAAAAACUUAUCUUAAGCGAAAACAACUGACAACUUCAUCCAAUAGAACUAGAGAGGAACAAAGAAUACAUAUUAUCACACAAGAUGCACUUAAGUGUAUCGACAAAGUAAAAAUAUGAAGAUAGACAAUGGCUUAUUAAAAUUGGGCAAAAUUACAUUUUCGGGUACUGAUAAUGGUCAUGCCACUAUGACAGAAACUGUUGGCUUUGAUAUGAAAAGGUUUAAAUUCCACCUUGAUCUAUAUAAUAAGUGCUUUGCUUUAGAAAACAUGUCAGAAGAAAGAAAUGUUGAUGCUGAUAUAAUAGAUCGUGCUGUUAUUAACAUUAAUACGCUCAAUCAUUACGUUUCAGAACAAGAAACAAGUGAAUCUACUAUUCAAAUGUCCCCAUACAUGCAGUUACCGAAGCCAUACAAGGUCCAUGCAUCUGAAGUUGACUACAAAAACGGUGCACAAAAAUAUAUAAAACAGCUUGAACUUGCUAAAAACACUACUGAUAUAGGACGACAAGUGGUGGAAGCCGAGGUCCUUUUAAGCAAAGUUGAUACGACUAGUGCUAGAAAGCUUGAACAUUUAAAUGAAUUACAUAAUACAUAUAUUGAACAUAAACACAUUAUACGAAAUUUCUACUACUUGUCAAGUCGACUGAAGCAAAAAAGGGCAUAUGAGCUACAAAAACGCAAAUAUACCGAUAGACUUUGCUCAGAUGAACGUAGAUAUGCUACAUUUUCUAGAAAGGUAAAACCUAUAAUGUUUGUUGGUGAUCGUGGUUUAGGUAUAGGUUCACGAAUCAAAGGAUACAUGCGAUACGGUGGUUAUUGGAAGCCUUUGAAGCAUAGUCUGUAUACCUAUGUAUGCAUAACGAACGAACACAAUACCUCCCAAACGUGCAGCUAUUGCUUUCAAAAACUGUCUCAUCCAGUGCAAACGGUUUAUAAGAAUGGGUGCAAGACGAUUACGAACAGUCAAUGGCACAUUUGGCUGUGACAACCCAAGCUGUGUCUCUGUUCAAGCAAAAAAGUCUGUAAAAGGAAGAGAUACCUUAUCUGCAAUGGCAACUGGUCUUUCCGGUUUAGCAACACUCCUUUUUGAUGCAACCUUUCCUCAAUUUGAUCCGCAAGUCAGUCAAUCCAACACUGAUA